AUGCCUACCACCCCAGAGCCUACUACAGCCCCAGAAGCUGCCCCAGAAGGUGCCCGAGAAGCUGCUUCUGGAGGAGAAUCGAAGCCCUAUUCUACACGUCUUAAUAGGGAUGACCGUAUUCGCAUAUUAACACUACGAGAAGCUGGUUUUACCUAUCUACAAAUCGCUUCACAGCUUCAUAUUACUCAUGACCAAGUUCAAUAUACGUGUCAAAGCCAACAAGCUACACCUAAAAAGGCUCGAGGCAGGACUCCAAAGCUCUCGGAAGAAGAUGUUGACCGGGUUAUUGAUUGGAUAAGCUCUUCAAAACGUACGCGCCGUAUGCCUUAUUAUAAGGUAAUACGUGAGCUUGAUCUUCCUAUUGGAGCUACCGCAUUGGCUCGAGCACUUAAAAAGAGAGGAUAUACGCGUUGCAAAGCCCUACGAAAGCCUCCUCUAUCAGAUGAGCAUAAACGUGCUUCCAUAAAAGAAUCUGGGUCACUAGAAAAGCUGGAUGGAGCUCCGGGGCAUGCGAGUAAAGAGACCAAAAAGGAGCUUCAAGAGCGGAAUAUCUAUCCAAUUUACUGGCCGGCUUUCUCCCCUGAUCUUAAUCCAAUUGAAGCGCUUUCUUAUGAUCGAUUACGUGAGGUUGUACGCGCUUCUUGGGAUGCCUUACCGGAGCAAUUUCUCAAGGAUUUGAUUGAUUCUAUGCAGGCUAGAUGUCAAGCUGUAAUAUUGGCCGAAGUCCCAGCAUAUACAUUUCAACGGCCCCGCAGCGACGAUCUAGAUACUUCUGAAACUUCGACAGUUCCCUCGUUUCCUUUGACUGCCGCUAAUAUUUCGGUCCACCAGCAAGGCUUAAAAGAGACCCCGCAUGGUUCCGCAGCUUUAUCGAAGGAAAGGACAGUCACAUCCACGUCUACGCCGACGAUUCGAUUGGAAGAUCACAUUCAAGCUUCACCAGCUUACGGUGCUCGUGGCAAUGUGUCAUACGAGAGACCCGCAGCCACUCUGCUUAAUGAUCGACUGACACCAUUUGGGAAUUUGACUGUGGAUAUGCACUUUGACGAACGCCCGCCUUCGGCACGCUCAACCUCUCUCGAGGUUCAUGUUCCAUCCCCAAUUCCGCUAGAAGAGCAGCUGGGGUCACCGACUGAUCUGGUCGACGCCAAUCUAGGAAGCCCACAAGACCUAAGAGCUCUAAAGUCGUUCAGGGAAGAAAGCUCUUUGCCAAUACAAAAUCCAGCCAGACGCUAUAGUUUUGCCGAGACAACAACAAGCGAGUCGAGCGGCUUCGUUGUGUUGACACCACAGAUUUCAAGUACUGAGUCUAGAUCUUCAUCGGUUCCAGCUCCACCAUUCUCGCCAUGGCAACACAUGAGAAAUCCUGCAGGGUUCAUACCGAGCCCGCAUCUUAUGACGAUCGAAGAGACUCUUGAUGACCAAUUAUACCGAUCAUGCCCAGGACUAGAUCUUGGUCCAAUAAAUCAGAAUGAUAGUCUGUUAUACGGUGGUGGCGUUAGAAAUUAUAGUCGUCCGUUAUCAGUAGCAUCUGCAGGCUAUACCGGUGAAAGGCCACGUCCACCACGUAUCGGUGCUCCAAAGUAUCCGCCGUGCUGGACCACUGACGAGGGCUUACUCAUUGUUCCUAGCGUGCCGGGAGAGUUGGUAAAGAAAAGGUUGCAACCGACCACACUUGUGAGCGAAGAAACGGUCGAGACCACCUCAUCAACCCAAACCAAGAAUGCAAUGUCUCCGAUUAAAAUCAACACGGCAGACAAUCUAGUGGAUUUCGCUGCUCUCAGUCCCAAUGUCACUACAUACCGGAAGGGAACUUGUCCACGAAGAAAGAGAAGCCCUAGCUACUACGAUCCUGAUAUACUCCCUCGGCAGAGAAUCAAUCAUGUGAACUGA